GGGGCUGUUUUGAUGAGCGGGCGAGCGCGGCGGGCCGGUGCGCGGGAGGCAGCGCCGCCAUACCUCAUACCCUGGCUGCGUGUUAUUGAACUGAGCCGCAGCGGCGGCGCCAGGAGCGGCGUCAGGCGCGGCCGAGACUCGCCGUCAGACGCGUCCGAGAAGCACCGCUGACCGGAGCGCUGCAGCCGCGCGGCGCUGCUCAUUCCGCGGUGAGAAGACGCGUCACUGGGAGGGGGCCGGCCGCGGAACGGCAGCUGGGGCCGCGCCGAGGGUCGUGGAGGAGCUGUGCUCAGUGUCGGACAGACGCCACGUCACUGGACGGCGGCUGUGCGGACCAGAGUGAGUGAAUAUCGUGUCUUCAAACGGUACCUGCACGACACGUCAGUCACUGCCUGCUGAACCGACAGCCGCGGCUGGAUGUCCAACUAUCGGGGCGGGGGCCGGCGGGCCGGCUCCCAGGCGGCUACCUCCGAGGAUGCGCGCACACCCAUCGCCUGGCAGCACCGGGACAUGAACUACCACCAGCACCAGAGCUACAGCGACCGGCACCGGUCCGAGUCUGCGAGCCGCCGCGGCCCGGGCUCUGUCUCUGACCAGACGUCACACACGGAGCGGCCACCGCGCCAGGCGGCGCCGGUGGCCUACCGGGGCCGGCCGCCGCCCCAGGAGACGGACGCCUCCACCUCGGCCUCCUCCGAGUGCUCCAGCGACACAAAGGUCACCAUUCACGACCGACACCGGGGCCCGGCCGUGCAGCUGGUGCCGCUGGCCGGCGGUGGUGGCCCGCCCACCAUCCGUUCGGCGCAGUCUGUGCCGCUACUGCUGGGGCCGCCGGGCGCUGGCAUCACCUGGGACGGGGAGCCCUGUCCGGUGCACCACCACGGCCCGCCGCCGCCGCCGAUGGCCGUCGGUCCCAUGUCGCUGCCGCCGCCGCCGCGCGCCGCCAGCCUGUACGAGCUGCGCGUGGGCACGCCGCACUCGGCGUACGCUCCCGACGCGCCGCUCACCACUAUGACGGUCGACCGGAAGGGCCGGCCGGCGCCGCCCGGCUCGGCGCUCGGCAGACCCAUGAUGCCUCCCGGCCUCAUGCCUCCCAUGAUGAGACCGCGGCCGAUCGUGCGAGCAGAGAACGGCGCGGCGCGCGAGCUGCCCGUCCGCGACACGCGCAAGGCGUCCCUGGUGCCGCCGUCCGAGCCGCCGCCGCAGCGAAAAGAACCGGUGAAGUGUGGUGGAUUCAAGAAGGUGAUGCUCAUUUCCCUUUCCGUAAUCGUCCUGGGCGUGAUUCUAGCGGUAGCGCUCAUAUUUAUCACCAAGUGAGUGGACUGGGAGGGCGGUGGUCCGCGGCGAACCGUAAAGAGCGCCCCGAGCAGUUGUUUCCUGAGCCAGGUCGCUGCCGACGACGGCCCGAGGGUGAGAUGUCCAAAGAAAUAUAAACUAUGGGACCAGUGGUCGGGUCAGUCGGUUGCCGGAAUGCAGAUGUUGCGGUGAGCCGUGGUGUCAGCGGGAUCUGUGUUGUGCGUGUGUUUUCCGGGGAUUAGCCGUGUCGCGAUAUCCGGCGGUACGGUCAGACCAGCUGCAGUGCCCGAGCCUCCGGCAGGCAGCUAGACGCCCCACCACGUGUGUGCAUCGCUCGCGACUUCGUUUGUUGACAGUGAAAUUGUCAUCCGUCGAUGAACACGCAGCCGUUCAAUGUAAAAAUCAACUGAUGUGACUCAAAUACACAGGAAAUGGCAUUCA